ACAAAGGCCAGGAAACACUUUCCAUUUUCUCCAGCGGAAAACUAGGCCACACUUUACGCAUGCCGGAGAAGAUGAUCGUCUGCGUCGCCGUCGUCGGUCACCAGAACAACCCGCUUUACAUACAGAGCUUCACCGAGGCAGACGACGCCCUCAAGCUCCACCACAUCGUCCACUGCUCUCUCGACGUCGUCGACGAGCGAGUGAACAAUCCGAAGAAAUCUGGAUCGCCACUGAAUGAGACAUUUCUGGGUCUGCUGUACCCGACCGAGAAUUACAAAGUGUACGGGUAUCUGACUAAUACGAAGGUGAAGUUUAUCGUGGUGACAACGGAUCUAGAUGUCAGAGACGCGGAUGUUCGAAAUUUUUUCAGGAGGUUCCAUGCUGCAUAUGUAGAUGCGGUUUCAAACCCAUUUCAUGUGCCAGGUAAAAAAAUAACGUCCAGAACUUUUGCAGAAAGAGUCAGCACCAUAGUCAAAUCAUUCGGGUUGAGUUCAGCUGGGUGAAUGACUGCCGCCCGCCAGCAGAAACUAAACCUUUAUGAACUUCCUUUUGUAAAACUUGUUGAAUAUGUUGUGUUUCUUUUGCACUGCUUUUGUUUUCUUCUAGGAGAUUGAUUUAGGUAAAGCUCAUUCAUGUGAAUCUUGGGAAAUUUUUGAAAGAUUAUAGCAUUUAUCUUUCUAUAGAACUUCGUUUUUAAGUUGUACUGAAGAUAGAAACAAGUGAUCUUGUUAUUUCUUGUUACCUUGCAGGUAGAAAUUCUACUUUUUUCAAUUAAUUUUGUUUAUAACAUUUGCCUUAAUCUGCUUUCAGAGAAAUAGUGCAGUUUAAUGUUGCUUAGUGGGAAGUGAACCCAUUGGGUCCAACUAAUACGUAUAAAAUCAUGUCAGGAGUUUCCAAAACCUGAUUUUUUCA